UAGGCAGAAAGGUUGCAGUUUGGCGUCGCAAUAAGUUCUUCAGCCCUCUGAGCAUGGAACCACGCAUUUCAACGCCACAAUCCCUGUCUUUGCCUAAAACGUAAAGCGAGUGCGAAGCUGGGACGUCGCUGAUUGGCUUGUUCGUUAACAACCCAAGUCUUCAUUUAGACAACUUCUAUGUAUGUAAUGUAAUGUAUCUUGCAUCGAGAGAAAUCAUCAUCGUAUUGGAAGAUACGGUUUACGAAGGAAAAUGCAGCGGCUCGGCGUCGGUCCAUUUGGAUACUGAUGACGGAAGUGGCUCUGGCAUGGCACUAUGUGCCCUGACCGAAGCUCUGGAGCUGCGGCUCGAGGACGUGGAUAUAAAUGUGUCGUUGCCAGUGAUAUAUAUAUAUGUAUGCGAUUAGGCUUCUUGAUAGGUAUAUGCCGUGCUCAUUGUCUUUCUUGAAUAAUACCCUCACACACAAUAAAUAACCUGGUACCUAUCGGUUCACUUUCUGAAAGUUAUCCAACCCAACCAUAGCCACGAUGAAUUCAACCACGAACGAAAUACCCAUCAUUCCCUUCGGUCCAGACGCAACAUGUACCCUCGAAUUAUGCCCGAUCGAGUACUCGAUAUUCCAAUACCGGCCGUCUCUAGCAGCUAACACGACCUUCAUCGCUCUACAUUUCAUCCUCAUGCUCGUCCAUCUCGGCCUCGGACUACGGCUCAAGCACUGGUGGUUCUCGGGGGCCACGGUGCUCGGGUGCGCCUUCAAUGUCGUCGGUUACGGCGCGCGGGUGCUGCUGUGGCAGAACCCGUUUAGUUUUACGGGGUUCCUUUUGCAGAUUAUCUUCGUCGGCUCGGCUCCCGUGUUCUACUCCGCGGCCAUCUAUGUAACGAUCACCAAGACUGUCGAGAAACUCGACGAGUCCCUGUCGCGGAUUAAGCCGAAGCUGUACUAUGUGAUCUUCAUCAUAUGCGACAUAGGCGCCUUGACCCUUCAGGCUGUAGGAGGUGCCGUAUCAACUGUCUCGAGCGGCUCGAACGCAGCCGGAGUCGACCUCGCUCUGGCCGGCUUAAUAUUUCAAGUCGUGACUAUGUUAGCCUUCGUCGGGCUGCUAGCAGACUAUCUGAUCCGGUACUUCCAAGGCAAGCCUCUCGGAAGCAUCAGUCUGCGACUGAAGGCGUUUCUCGGCUCUCUCAGCCUUGCCAUCCUGCUUAUCCUUGGGCGCUGUGCUUACCGCGUUGCUGAGCUCAGCGAAGGAUACAGCGGAACUUUGUUCCACGACGAGCCGUUGUUCAUCGGUCUCGAGGGCGUGUUGAUCGUUCUCGCUGUCGUCGCGCUAUCUAUCGGCCACCCGGGUUUUGUAUUCAAUGCCGACCAAGCGAAGCUAGGCGAGUCUUACCAGUCUUCCAUGUCUUCGGGAGGUGUGGAGAGUGGGGUUGAACUUGUGGAUAAAUACAAGGGAACUAGUGAGUAGACCUUGAGGGAGAUAUAGGUGAACAUAGGAAUAGGGGAAAUAGGGGCUUAUUAUAUGUAUUUGCCUCGUGAAGGCGGCAGGCUGAGGAAAGGGGUUUGUAUCUAAGUUUUCUUUUUCGAUAAUUACUUUUCA